AUGUCGGAUCACCAGCACCAGCCGCCUUCAAUUGUCGGCCCGGAUCUGGUGCUACGAAAUGGCUACAACACCACGGCUCCUGCGACUACAGACCAUUAUUCUCGACGCGAUUCUCUCGAGUCCGCCGAACUGGCCGAGGAUCCAUCGCCGCUUCCUUCCUCGUCGGAUUCCGCAGAGCCCAACAAGCAGGUCAUCGCCAAACCGCCCUCUGCAAAACUCCCGCUCGAUAACGGGGAGUCGCAACCCCCUCUCCGCCAUCCUUACUACAACCUCUACUCCGCCAGUACUUCUCGCAAUUCUUCCGCUCGCACUUCCACCAGUUCUUUACAGGCCUUGAAUGAGGACACUGUCGUCGAUGUUCGCUCUAAUCGGCGCCCGGCCAUGCCCCGACGAACGUCCGGCUUGAGCCAAUCCGAGACUCCUGCCCCGGAAUAUCCCGUCUAUCCCGAUCAGUCAUACGCUUCUCUCCAGACUCAGGUGCACCCCACUUACGAGCCUCCUUUACUGCGCUCGCGACCUCAGCAGACCCAUCAUGACAUUCGUUCUCGCCUAGCCCAGUCUCGUGCCGCCCAGUCUCGUGCCGCCCGCACCGCUGGUAAUACUCCUCUGUCAAGUCCUGGACUGUUCUCUUUCAAAAGCCCUCGUCCUGCCUCAACUCCUGUCGCAACCGAUAGUGGUACCCGCGUCAGUAGUCCAUAUCUCCAUCCAACCCAGCUCCAACCACCACCCAAAGAGACCCACACGGCUGAAGUCGACCGUGAUCUCGUGACAGGCAACAAAGUGAUCAACGAGUACGAAAUCCUCGCAGAGCUGGGACGUGGUGAGCAUGGCAAGGUUAAACUAGGCCGGCAUGUGACAACCCGCAAAAAGGUGGCCAUCAAGAUUGUUCAACGGUACACGAAACGCCGUCGAUUAGGCAAAAUCGGGAGCCCUGAGGAUAAAGUGAAGAAGGAAGUUGCCAUUUUGAAGAAGGCACGCCAUCCUAAUAUCGUUGGUCUGCUCGAAGUCAUCGAUGACCCGAACCGCCAAAAGGUGUAUAUCGUUCUCGAAUAUGUCGAAAAUGGUGAGAUCAUCUGGCGUCGACGCGGCCUGCGAGAAAUCGUGCACGUCGACAAGAUCCGUUUGGAACGGGAAAAGGCCGGCAUUGAUGAUUCGCCCUCGUUUCUCGAAGAAAGUCGCCAGUAUAUCAGAACUGCCCAGCAUCUUCGUCGGCAACGAGAAAAGGCACGCGAACGCCGUCAAGCACUGGCGGAAUACGCUCAGCAGGGCCCCAUCCCCGCCUGGAGUUUGGAACACGGUGCGGAGUCGGAGGAUGAGGAGGGCGACGAUGAGGAAGCUGCCAACGGUUUAGCGAUCGCCCGCACGUCCAGUCGCUCCAUUCUGAGCAGUAACAACGACGACUCUCCAAGUCCCUCUUUCUCUUCAGCAUGCGACCCUGCAUUAAAUGCGGUCGAAGGCAGUAUGUACGGGCCCUAUGCAGAGAUCACUCCGCCCCGUCCGUUCGAACGACGUUUCAGUACGGCAUCUAGCAGUUUCGGCUAUGCACCGUCCGAGCCGGAAUGGCUUGCAGAGGACGAUGAAAUAUCCUACGUGCCCUGUUUGACCAUCAACGAAGCCCGUCAUGCCUUCCGGGAUUCUGUUCUCGGUUUGGAAUACCUCCAUUAUCAGGGCAUCAUCCACCGUGACAUUAAGCCGGCUAAUCUGCUUCUCACCAAGGAUCACCGGGUCAAGAUUUCGGAUUUUGGUGUCUCCUAUCUUGGGCAACCGAUGCGCGACGAGGAAGAAGAUGAGCAGGCGGAGGAGAACGGUACGGCCGAGGUCGACGACGUGCGAGAAUUAUCCAAGACCGUGGGUACCCCGGCAUUCUAUGCGCCCGAACUCUGCUACACUGGUGAUGAUUUCUUGGAUCAAGUGGGCAGUGUGCCCAAGAUCACCGGUGCAAUCGACGUGUGGUCGCUUGGUGUGACUCUGUACGGGAUGGUCUUUGGCCGUCUGCCCUUCGUCUCGGACGAUGAGUACAGCAUGUUCCAGACCAUUGUGAAGAAAGAGGUUUACAUUCCCCGGAAGCGUCUGAAGCCGGUGGAGGACGAUCCUGGUUCAUUUAGCCAAUGGCCCAAGUCGCCCGGCAGCGAGAAACGACAGCAACUUGAGAUUGAAUACGAGGAUAUCGACGAUGAACUGUAUGAUUUACUCAAGCGCCUCUUAACCAAGGAUCCCGUCAAGCGGAUUACUUUGAAAGAAAUCAAACAUCACCCAUGGGUGCUCCAUGGCCUACCCAACCCUCGCGGCUGGGUGGCGGAUACGGAUCCGAACUAUCAGAGCAAAGGCAAGCGGAUUGAAGUCUCCAGUGAAGAGGUGACGUCGGCCGUCAGCAAAGUUCCCAUCAUCAAACGGGUGCAAGAGAAGAUGAGCAAAUGGGGUAACUAUCUCACGGGACGGAAAGACAAGGACAAAGACGGUCGCAAGUGCACCUCAACCACAGACAGUUUUACCAGCGCAAGUAAUAGCAGCAGCACUUCCUUGGGGAAGUAUCUUUGGAACAACACGAGCCGUCAACCCAGUCCGCGCGUGGAAGAGGAUUGGUCCGCUCGGUCCUCGCGACAGAGCAGGGAAGAGCAUCCGCUCUCGCAGAGUGUCGCCGCCAGCCCUGUCGGUCGAGAAAACCAGACAUCCUACUUUGUGAUGCAGGAUUCGCGAUCUGAUCCCAGUCUUCCGCAGACGCAGACCACCACUUCGAGACCGGAUGUUCUGGAGCGCGCUACGUCGACGGCAUCCACCACUGAUUCAGUCAAAACGGUUACACCGUCAGAUCCGGAGGCAACCCUUUGGACAGCACGCCCCACGACUCCCAGUCUUGUCGAAACGCUCGGGACCAGCAGUAUCGGUGGUCUAUUUGGUGGUGCAAGCCGCCGACUCGCCCGGGGCCUUCAAACGGGCGAUUGGCGCCCAGAAAAGAUGGUGGCAGCCGGGGAAGCAGGUGCAGGUGGAAUAGCAGGGGACCGGCGCUCGGAACCUAGCCUUGCCGUCAGCAUCGCUUCAGCGGUCGGCCAAAUGCAAAAUUCUGGCCUGUGGAAAGGAGCAAGUUCUCCAUCGUCGCGAACACAUAGUCCACACUCCUUGCACACGGUUCAUCGGCGCAAUCGAUCUCAGCAGCUUCCAGCCCGGCCUUCAGCGGAGUCAUUCAUCCUGACUCGAGAAGCGUUGUUGCGCCAGCGACAGCCUGAGAACGCACCAAGCUCGCGUCUCGCCAAAACCGUUGAAGAUGAAUCGUGCUCCAACGAGCCUCUACGUCACUUACGAGAAGUUCCGUCGCCCCCGAAGACUGCAGAAGAGCCUUUGACAGAAAAUACGCCUACGGAUGUUCCAAGCAGUGGGCUUACCACGUCGCCACCGUCAGCCGCGACCAUCUCGUCGUCUUCUGCCGAUGAGUACAACAGUGGCAUGUCCCACAGUGAGUCUUAUCCGAGUAUCCCAUCUGUCGUCUCCGGAGCGUCCUCGUUUUCGAUUGACGGGCCGUAUGACGGAACCAAGGACUUUGGAGACGGUGAGCCCGUCACUCAGAUUCCGUCGAUCCUUCGCACCGGCGAAACCGUCAAAGCGCCGCAAUCAAUCUCUGAUCUGCCGACAGAAGAUGAUGAAGCUCGGUAUUACUGCGACAAUGAAGAGGAAGAUUCUGACGACUCGGACGAUGAAGUACUCAUCAUUGGCAAGAAGAAGCCGCCGCCGCAUAAGCCGAUCAUUCCCGGCAGCAGCAACGCGUCGUAA